UCGAUAUUUCACCAUAAUUUUCGCAUCGUAUUGCGAAGUAAAAAGUGUUGAGAAAAAUAGUUUUUCUUUAUCGAUUAUAAAGUAAAGUAAAUUAAUUAAAACGGCUUCUUUACGAGUGAAAAAAGUAACAAAACCAAUGCAUUUAGCGGCGCAUGCCGUUUUUACUGCGAGUGUAAGGUUAAAUUCAACGGAAUCAGAGGAUCAUUUUAAAGGAUAUAUCUCUAUAUCUCAACCUGCGCCUCCCGAUAUUCUCAAUACGCGAUGUCGUUACCAAGAGAAUUUAUAUUUAAAAAGGAAUUGGCAAGACUUGAAGACCAGGUUCUCGGCUCUUCCGCACCACCGACAUCUACCGCACCGUUAUCAUGCUCCAUCGAUUUGCCUGCUACCGACACUAUUGUCGAGGCCAGCCUGUCACCGGACAACGCAGGCUCGUUACUGUCAAUACAGUCAGCACCACCAGAACAAAGGACGAUGCCUCCGGAGCAGAGAGAGCGUCCAGCGAGCCUCCUGCUUGAGUUACCACUAGCCACGCAAGUUGGUGCGUAUCUGUCAGCAAUGUCGCCGACGGAGCAGGAAGAGGACUCCCUGCUUACAUUGUCGUCGGUGACCGCGCGGCCGCUGCUCGCCGCCUCCAGGAACCUGCGUCCGAGACCUGACUCUACUGAUAUACCAUGUCCUCCGGAUGGUGGGUACGGUUGGGUGGUCGUGUUUGGUGCAUUCAUGGUUCAAUUUUGGGUGGCUGGUCUAUUCAAGUCAUACGGAGUACUAUAUGUUGAGAUUAUGGAGACAUUUCCUGAUUCAUCGGAGUCCGUCGCCUCGUGGAUACCAGCUGCGCUGUCUACAUUGUGUCUAGCACUAGCUCCACUAUCUUCAGCAUUAUGUGAGAAGUAUUCUUGUCGCUUGGUGGUGUUCAUUGGUGGACUGUUUUGUGCUACCGGACUCGCGAUGUCCUUCUUCAGUACUGGCUUGUUGCAUUUGUUGCUUAGCUUUGGUGUCAUGACCGGUAUUGGCGGAGGAUUAUCAACAACUCCUGGUAUUGUGAUUGUGUCACAAUACUUUGAUAAACAUAGAGCGUUGGCGAACGGUAUUUGUGUGAGUGGGACGGCUGCUGGGAGUUUUGUAUUUCCAAUGCUGAUAGAGAAGUUGGUUGAUACAUAUGGACUACAUGGGACUGUGCUUUUACUUGGCGGUGGCAUGCUGCAUGUGUGCGUGUCAGCAACAUUGUACCGCGCCCCGCCCGUGCCUCGCCCCCCCACCCCCGUCACUACCACCACCACGGAGAAUACAACACUAUUACAUGAUAUACAGGAAGGUAAAGGUGAUCUGAAUAAAGACAACAAGUUAGUGAACCUCUUCCAGACGGAUCCAGAAAUGGCAUUGAAUCAGAAGAACGCAAUGCUGAGUGAUGAUAAAAGAACUAAUCUGCUCACAGAAAUUAUACAUCCUAGUCUUAUUGAGGUUGCACGACCUCCUUUACCAUCUCAGCUAUCAGACUCAGAAGAUUCUGAAGGUUUGGAUGUAUUGGGUGUAGUUGGUCUACCGCGAGAAGUAGCACGUCUUCGUCUCCGACCUACUAGGUCAUCAUCCAUCCUGCAUUCAGUUGAAGACCUGUCUACUGACAGCACUUGUGUCUACAAAGCUAGUCGGAGAAAGCUUAGUAGAUCAUUGUACAUUCGGCCGCCAUUACCAAGUCGUUUGAUCCAGAACAAAAUGGUUGAGCCGGUGAUUGAUACGAAGAAAGAAGAAGUAAGGAAAGAAGAGAAUACGGAAGUAGAAGUAGAGAAGAAACACGGAUGUGUUGAUAAGAUUUCAAGAUAUCUGGAUGUAUCACUUCUGAAGUCGUGGCGUUUUGGGUUACUAUGUGCAUCUGUGGCAUUGAUGUCUUGUGGUUCUCCGUACGCUCUUUAUUAUCUACCUGCGUAUACUGUUGCCGCUGGUCACAGCAAAUCAGCUGCUGGUCGUCUAGUAGCAAUAAGUGCUGUACUAGAUCUGUGCGGACGUCUAGGUUUGGGUUGGUUGUGUGACUUACAUCUGUUCUGCAGACGAAAGGCGUACAUUGUCAGUAUUCUAGUUGCGGGAGCUGCAGUAUUAACUCUGCCAAGUUUGACAUCUUGGUGGGCGCUCGCGAUAGCUUCAGGUGCAUACGGUCUUUGUCUGGGAUGUUGGUUCCUGCUUGUCCCAGUUCUGUUAGCUGAUGCAUUCGGAACAGCUCGUAUCGCCUCAUCUUACGGCCUAGUUAGGAUGUUUCAGAGUUUAGCAGCUGUUUCUGUACCACCUACUGCUGGAAUGGUAAGAGAUAUAACUGGUGGUUAUUCUUGGUGUUUCUAUGGUAUGGGGUCUUGUAUGGUACUGGGUUCGAUUCCUGUCAUAGCAUUUCAUAUCACUACCAAAAAUGAAGAUAAUGAGUCUACUGUAGAUUGAUUUAUGUUUUUAA